CUCAUUUUUUUUUUCUCGUAUUUACUCUAAAGACAAAAAAAAAUCUGAAAGCAUGGCUGGAGAAGAAGAAUUCUACGUUCGUUACUAGUAAGCUACUUUGAUCAGCAUUUUCUACAACGCGUUUAUUAACCAUCAAUCAAGUUCUGGACACAAAGGACGUUACGGCCAUGAAUUCUUGGAAUUUGAAUUUAGAUCAGAUGGUCUCUGUCGAUACGCCAACAACUCCAACUACCGAAAUGAUAGUCUAAUCAAAAAAGAGAUGUAUGUCAGUGCUGCUGUUAUUGAUGAAUUGAAAAAGAUUAUUGAAGACAGUGAGAUUAUGAAAGAAGACGAUAGUCAAUGGCCUACAAAGAAUGUUGUUGGAAGUCAAGAAAUCGAAGUUCGUCUUGGAAACGAACACAUUUCAUUUGAAACUUCCAAGCUAAGUUCGCUUGUUGAGGUUCAAGACAGUAAAGAUCCUGAAGGUUUGCGUGCAUUCUAUUAUCUCGUUCAAGACUUGAAGGCCUUUGUGUUUUCUUUAAUUUCAUUACAUUUCAAGAUCAAGCCUAUCAAUUAGAUCAUAAAGUUGAAUUAUAACAAUAAAAAAAAAAAGUUUUUUUUUUCUUGUUUUUUA